ACCAUUUUUGGAUUCUGUCUGUUGUAACAUUUCUGGAGAAAAAAGAUGAUAAAGGAAGGAAGAGGCGGACUCUAGUUGCUGCUCUAACUCUCCUCUAGUGAACCGGUCCAGUCAAAGUCAGCAGACAUGAAGGAAGCAGCUGCUCAGCGUCUGAUCUUUCUGAUCUCACUGCUGUUCUGGACAUCAGGUCAAGUCCUCCCAGUUCGUCUGACUGUGAUUCCCAGCAGAUCUCAGUUCUUUGAACAUGAAUCAGUGAUUCUGAUCUGUGAGGAUGAAAACAGAUCUGAUGGAUGGACUGUGAGGAGAAACACAACCAGAGACACCAGAGCUGAGUGUAAAGGAUGGGGAACACCAUUUGGUUCUACCUGUAACAUGGACUACCUCCUCCCAGGUGAUACUGGUCUGUACUGGUGUGAGUCCAUGUCUGGAUCCUCCAGCAGCAGCAGCAGCAUCCAGCUCUCUGUCUCUGGUGGAUCAGUGAUCCUGCAGAGUCCUGUCCUCCCUGUGAUGGAGGGAGAUGACGUCACUCUGAGCUGCAGAACAAGGAAUCCAACCCACAACCUCCCAGCUGCUUUCUAUAAAGAUGGCUCCUUCAUUGGUGAUGAAACUACUGGAAACAAGAUUCUCAACUCAGUGAAGAAAUCUGAUGAAGGCCUCUAUAAAUGUAAUGUCAAAGGUCAUGGAGAGUCUCCAUCCAGCAGGAUCUCUGUCAAAGAGAAACCUCCAACCACCUCUCCACCUUCCUCCUCCUCCUCUUCCUCAGAGAAACUCACCAACAUCUCUGAGUCUACAGUCUCACCUGGUCCAGGUUCUUCCUCCGUCUCUCUCCCAGUGUUGCUUCCCAGUGCAUCUCUUUGUGUUUUGGUUUUCCUGUUUUUACUGGUUCAACUGGUCGUAUAUUUGUACAGCAAACCUAAGGUGAUGAAGGAGGAAGAGGAGAGGAUGACAUCACUUCCAGAAACAUCAGGAUGUUCCAGAGGAAACAGAAGAAAACCAAACCAGGAACAGGAAAUGCUCUGAGGCGGCGCUGCUUCACUACUGUUCUGUACGCCACCAUGACAGAAGAAGAAGAAAAACUUUGAUGCUGAAACUCCUGGAGACAGAAAAUGUUGUUGAUGUGAAACUGGAUCCACUGACAACAGGAAGAAAACAUCAGUUCUGUUACUCAGAGAGCUUUCUUUAAUAAACUGGAAACAUUAGAAAGUUGUUCAUUCAGAACAAUCUGAUUUAUGAUUCUUACAAUAAAUUAAUGCAGGAGAAUAAAAUCAACUCCAGAAAAAUGUUCACCUGUC